AUGCCGAGUGUCCACAUACCAGGGCCUGGAGAGACUAGGGCUGCGAAGCGUGGGAAAUACGCAAAGCUCCAAGAUAUUCAAUACCUCGCCGCAGUGAUCAGAGACCAGGAGCUGGAUUUACAGAGUCCAUCAAGUCGACCGACAUUCUGGUUUAAUGGAAGAGUGUACCACUACAGCGAAGUGGCUCGACGCAUCAGAAGAGCAAAGAAAGCAGGCAAGAUUCCGAUACAGGAGUCGAGACAUCCCCUCACACAGCCUGAAUGCAUUCAAAUCUUAUCCCCAUCGGUGCCCGAAGCGCAGUGGACCAUUCCUAUUCGACCUGCUGACUACGCUGCGGAUAGCUGGCAUGAAGACUCGUAUUCGAUCCCGUCCGAAGAUCAUUCAGCCUGGGUUGAUCCCAUAGAGAACGUAACUUGGGCUUGCCACCAACAGUUGAUGUCUUUAAACAAUGGCGUGAGAAUUAGUUUCCCGCCGACUUCUCCUGACGAGCUGCUCAUACCCUCGAGAUUCUGCGCCAUGAUCAUUAGAUACUUUCAAGGUGCUAAUGAGAACGGUCUCUUCGUCAUUAACAAUGCUGGGGAGCUGGUCAGUCGCACUUCAGCAGGCAGUUGCGCCAAUAUAAACAACUUUCACAGGACCGCUGUCACGGCUAUUGAUCUUCUGGAACGGGGCUGUGCCAACCAAGGCUUUGUGUUGGUCUCAAAGGCUUUAGUGCUUAUCGAACAGAUUCUGAAAGAUCAAGACCCAAAGCUCAUGGAUGUUCUCUGCGAUGUGUCCAUACUCCUUCUCAGCAAAGGUAUGGGAGACCUAUACGACAUAAUGAAGGACAAGAUCUGCGCCAUGGUGAAGAUCAUUGCGGAGGCACGGGGUGAAGAGCACCAACCAUGGGCACAAAUAUUCGCCUACAUAGAUCAGUUCCCAAGAUCACAAGUGGUGGACAACAUGCAGAGAGGCUGGAUUUGUGGAUUCGACCAACUUGAGGCCGCACUUGAGGAGCAACCAUGGGAAGGGCUCAACAUAUCCUGCUCCGUUGAUUAUUCUCUGCGAAUGGGGCAGAAUGCGCAACGUCUUUGGGAUGUAGUGGUGUAUCGAACAGCCCGUCUCUCGAUUGAUGACCCCGAAAGGAUACAGCAGCGACUCGCAUAUGGCAAAGUUCUCUACUUACAGGGUCGCUAUAGCGAAGCUUUAGAGACACUGGCACACAUUCUCUCUCAGUGUCGGAAAGCAAGACAACACGACGACCUGAGGUGGAUGGCGAUGGAAAUAGACGCUCUCGAGGUUUCGGCACGCUGCCAUUUUGCUCGCAGCAAAUCGACUUGCAACUGCAAUGAUGCCGCUAUCGCGGAAGUUUUGCUCGAGACCGCUGUUGGACGGAGCACGAGAACAGAAGGAAUCAAGUCUCCCACAACAAUAGCUCUGCAACAUACUUUGUGGCUUUGGCUGAUGGAACAAGGCCGAGCUGAUGAAGCUGCAUUGUUGAGAAAGUCCAUGGACGAUGUUGUGGGCGAGCCUCUGAUCGAAGAUGUAUGA